GGCCUCGGCGGCUGGUUGCGCGUGUCCGCCGCUGGCUCCGCUCUAUCCGGCUUUGCUAGGGGAGGUGAGUCCGGCCGCGGCGGUACCGGCGGCUGAGAAGGCGGCGGCUGAAGAGAAAGCGGCCACGGCGGCUGUGGAGAAAGCGACCGUGGGCACGGAAGCCGGGUGGGGGGGAGGGGGGGAGACGGAGCAGCCUUGAGCCCUGCAGGGGCCGUCGCGCGGGGGACCCACCCGCUCUCCCCCCCAACCCUCCCCAGCACUAGCAGCCGGCGGCGGCGGGGGCAGGAGUCAGCCUGCUUCCGACCGUCCCCCGCCCGCUUCCCGGGGCUCCUAUUCUUUGGCCCCGGGACCCUAACCUCCUCCCGGGGCGGUUCCCUGGGUCUGGCCGUCCGAGUGCUGCCCACCGCUCUUUCAUUCCCUCCUUGCACCUCCUUCCCUUCACUUUUGCCGGGGUUCUCUCUCUCCUCUUCUGUCCUGCCUGUCGUCUCCUUGCCUCACUCUCUUCCUCCAGCCUCCUUCCCUGGCUCAUUCUGCCCAGUAAAGUUUGGUACCCCCCCCCCCCAAUCAGGUCAACCAGAUUAGGAGUAGGGGGAGAUGUAGGAAGGCUUGAGAAUUCGAGGGGUGGGGAAAGCUGGAAGCUGGUUUCCCUGACAAUUUCCCCUCAUCUUUUUGAUUUAGAGUGGUUGGAAUUUUUUUUUUUUAAAUUGUGUUUUUGAGGAGGUGGGAGGUGUUUAGAAAAGGAUGUGGGAAUGGAAGGGGUAGAUGAGUCAACCCUCUUACAAGAUUCCAAGGGUGGUGUGUUACCGGAUCCUUUUCGUGUGUGGAGUUCAGGGGGUCGGGAGGCUUGGCCUUUAUUCCCACAUUCAAAGUUGGAACCUCCCCCCCAUUAAGAAUGGAGUUUUAGUAUCCACUUGUGGCAGGAAUCCUGGGGGGAAGGGGCCCUUUUUCCUUUUUCUUUUCCUUUUUUUCCCUUUACUUUAUGUUAUUAACUUUUAUUUUGUCAACCCACACCCCUCUACACACUCUUACCCAAAAAUCAAACACCGAAGAUCCUCUAACUUCUUUGCAUUGACUGAUGAAGACAUAAAGCCAGUUAUGCUCUAUGUUUUUUGAGGUGGAGUGAGUGGUUUUCUUCAUUUUUUUUUUUUAAAUGGCCAAAUGAUAGCUUGACCCAGUUUGCUUUCCAAUCAAAGAGCAUUUUUUUUUAUUUUUGAAUGUCUCUUUGUGGCCCAAGAGCCAACGCAAAAAUGAUGGCGGCUUACAAUGGCGGUACAUCUGCAGCAGCAGCAGGUCACCACCACCAUCAUCAUCACCACCUUCCACACCUUCCUCCUCCUCACCUUCACCACCACCACCACCCUCAGCACCACCUUCAUCCGGGGUCGGCUGCUGCUGUACACCCAGUACAACAGCAUACGUCUUCGGCAGCUGCGGCAGCCGCAGCGGCAGCUGCAGCCGCAGCCAUGUUAAACCCUGGGCAGCAACAGCCAUAUUUCCCAUCACCUGCACCGGGUCAAGCUCCUGGACCAGCUGCAGCAGCCCCAGCUCAGGUACAGGCUGCUGCAGCUGCUACAGUUAAGGCACACCAUCAUCAGCACUCUCAUCAUCCACAACAGCAGCUGGACAUUGAGCCGGAUAGACCUAUUGGAUAUGGAGCCUUUGGUGUUGUCUGGUCAGUAACAGACCCAAGAGAUGGAAAGAGAGUAGCACUCAAAAAGAUGCCCAACGUCUUCCAGAAUCUGGUCUCUUGCAAAAGAGUCUUCCGGGAAUUGAAGAUGUUGUGUUUUUUUAAACAUGAUAAUGUACUCUCUGCCCUUGACAUACUCCAACCUCCACACAUUGACUAUUUUGAAGAAAUAUAUGUUGUCACAGAAUUGAUGCAGAGUGACCUCCAUAAAAUUAUCGUCUCUCCUCAGCCACUCAGCUCAGAUCAUGUCAAAGUUUUUCUUUAUCAGAUUUUGCGAGGUUUGAAAUAUCUCCAUUCAGCUGGCAUUCUACAUCGAGACAUUAAGCCAGGGAAUCUCCUUGUGAACAGCAACUGUGUUCUAAAGAUUUGUGAUUUUGGAUUGGCCAGAGUGGAAGAAUUAGAUGAAUCUCGUCAUAUGACUCAGGAAGUUGUUACUCAGUAUUACCGGGCUCCAGAGAUCCUAAUGGGCAGCCGACAUUACAGCAACGCUAUUGACAUCUGGUCUGUCGGAUGCAUCUUUGCAGAACUACUGGGCCGAAGAAUAUUGUUUCAGGCACAGAGUCCCAUUCAGCAGUUGGAUUUGAUCACAGAUCUGUUGGGCACGCCAUCACUGGAAGCAAUGAGGACAGCUUGUGAAGGUGCUAAGGCACACAUACUCAGGGGUCCUCAUAAACAGCCAUCUCUUCCUGUACUCUACACCCUAUCCAGCCAGGCCACACAUGAAGCUGUUCACCUACUUUGCAGGAUGUUGGUCUUUGAUCCAUCAAAAAGAAUAUCCGCUAAGGAUGCCUUAGCCCACCCCUACCUAGAUGAAGGGAGGCUAAGAUACCACACGUGUAUGUGUAAGUGCUGCUUUUCCACCUCGACGGGAAGAGUCUAUACCAGUGACUUUGAGCCUGUCACCAACCCCAAAUUUGAUGAUACCUUUGAGAAAAACCUCAGCUCUGUCCGACAGGUUAAAGAAAUCAUCCACCAGUUCAUUUUGGAACAGCAGAAAGGAAACAGAGUGCCUCUCUGCAUCAACCCGCAGUCUGCUGCCUUUAAGAGCUUUAUUAGCAACCCUAGACUCCUCGGGGGACUAACUAGUACCAGGUCUGUGAUAACAAUUGCUAGGCCCUGACUCAUCAGCACCAGCAAUGCCCAGUUCCACCGUCGCUCAGCCAUCUGAGAUGCCACCGUCUCCUCUGGUGUGGGAAUGACAGUGGAAGACACUGUACUACUGAAGAUGUAAUGUAGCUUGCACUGGAGCCUGGGAUUUGCAAUUCUGGAGGGUUAAUCAUGCUUGUACUGUAAUUUUACUAAUGAAGUUUUAAAUUAACAACCACUACUUGUAUGAUAUGAAUAAUAUUUAGAAAUGUUACUAGACUUUUAAUCUUGUAAAGUGGUUGUGCUUUUAGAAGAAAAAAAAAUAUUUUACCCAGAGUUGCACAUGGUUAAAGAAUUCAGUGCAGCUGUUAUGGCUCGCCUCAGAACAAAUGAGAAUUGAACCAAAUUUGGACGUUUGGGGUUUAUGUUUUGUUUUUUGUUUUGUUUUGUUUUUAUGAAGUGAGAUUGUUCACAUGUACACAUACACACACACACGCACAGACGACAGUCAUACAUUUUGAUAUUUGAGCCAUUCCUAAAGAUUUGGGGUUUUCUAAAACUAAAAAGUCUAGAAAGCUUGCCUGUGACCAAUCAUGGAGCCACGUGAGCUGAUCUUGGCUGCACUGGGGGAAGGGGAGAGGGGGCAUGCCACCUAAUGAUCAAGUCCUAUAGCGGCUUCUCAUUAGAGCCGUGAUGGUGAUGUGUGCUGUCUGAACUCCAAUGUUGUGCAUAGAGAGACUGGAUCUGACUAGGAGAGACUAACCCUGUUUUCCUUAUCCGGUAUAAAUAUAUAUAUAUAUAUAUAUAUUUAAUCUAUUUUUAUUAGAAGUUUUUCUGCUCUUUCUUACAUAAAAAAAAAAAAAAAGACCCAAGCAUGCAUCUUUCAUGUGUGUAAAUAAUUCAUUUCUGGGCUAAUUUCAAAAGAAUCCCAACACUGCUGUAUAGAGAGAACUAGCUUGCACAUUUUAGGUCUGUGAAAUUCUGUGAGACUUUUCCUGCACUGGACAGUGAGAAAUAAUAAAUAAAAGACAAAAAGAAAUUUAAAAAACAUUAAAGCCACAAAGGCACAUAGGGAAUCAUGUCAAAUGUGUUUGUGUCCUUAGGCAAAGCUGUGGGAGUCUUGAAAUGUCACAGUAGUAAAUAGCUUAUUACUUUUUGACAAAUUCUUUUUCCUGCUGGAACACUGAACUCUGUGCAUAUGUAAAUACGAACACCAAUCGAAGGCCUCUACCUCCUGGAGUUACACAACUUGGCUUGUUUACCUCCACACGCUGAUGAUGACUAUUUUUUUUUUUUAAGUUCAAUGUGGAGACUUGAAACUUGAAUGUCCCUUCCAACUUUUAUAUUAAAAAUAAAAAGACAAGAAAAUCGAAGAACGUUUUUCACCUGUACAAGGAGUACUAAUGAAUCGUCUUAAAAGUGGUCUAGGAAAAAUCUUGGUGUGUGUUAUGGACAAUGAACUGUUAAAGUUAUUGUAAGUUAUCUGUAUGUAGCAGAGUAUUUUCAUCUUGACCAAUCUGAGCUGAAUCUGAAGACUAUUAAGUUAUGUUUAGAAGUUUUAACUUCAAUGAAGUAAUUAUUUGCUGUGAAACAAACAUUGAAUUACUAAACAAAGAUGGUGCAAUAUCUUUGUUUUUGUUUUUGUUUUUGUUUUUUUAUGAGGCUCCUGAGAAUCAACCCAGCUGAAGCAUUUCAAUUCACUUGAAUGAGAAACAUGUUUAGUUCAAAAGAGCCCAAGAAGACACUGGUAUGAAAGGUACAACCUCAGAGGUUGGUCGGUUACCGUGGCACACUUUCUGGUCACUUUGUACAAUGUAGAUUUGAAGUACAGUGGUGAAAGCAUUAAAUGUGACAUUUGAAAA